CUCAGAAUCCCCGGAUCAUACCCCGCGUGGGCUGGCAUGCUUAAUACCCGCGUGCGCUAUCUACCCCAAGAUCUCCUCACGUCGAUAUCAUGCCAGACGGUGGUUUCGCAGACACUUACAGUCCCCGCAAGGUCCUUGAUGACCCUUCUUUCCGAAUCCUAGGCCCAAGCGAGAAGCCACCGUGCGAUGCCAAUAUCGCCGCGUUCUAUAACCCUAAUCAUGAGAUUCAUCUGGUCGAAAAGCCACGACCAAAGCCUGGUCCUGGACAAGUUUUGGUUCAUGUUCGUGCGACGGGAAUUUGUGGGAGCGACGUGCACUUCUGGAAGGAAGGUCGUAUUGGGGACUCAAUGAUCGUCACAGACGAAUGCGGAUCUGGUCACGAAUCAGCUGGGGAAGUUGUCGAGGUAGGUGAGGGUGUGACCACCUGGAAAGUAGGUGACCGCGUUGCUAUCGAGGCGGGGGUGCCCUGCUCGAAACCGUCUUGUGACUAUUGUCGCGUUGGAAGAUAUAACGCAUGCCUAGAUGUCGUAUUCUUUUCCACUCCCCCCUUCCAUGGAACCCUUACCAGGUGGCACUUGCACCCUGCAGAGUGGCUACAUCGUCUUCCCGACUCGGUAUCCUUUGAAGAAGGUGCUCUGUGCGAGCCCUUGGCGGUAGCCCUGGCCGGAAUCGACCGAUGUGGUUUGCGUCUCGGAGAUCCCACUCUCGUCUGUGGCGCGGGACCCAUUGGACUGGUAUCCCUUCUCUCUGCGCGAGCGGCAGGAGCGGAACCGAUUGUCAUAACUGACAUCGUCCAGAGUCGCCUUGACUUUGCGAGGAAGUUGGUGCCUGGCGUACGCACAGUCCUCAUCGAGCGUGGGUCGACCCCGAAGGAGUCUGCGGAAAAGAUCAAGGUAGCUGCUGAAGGACCGUUGAAAUUUGCCGUAGAAUGCACCGGCAUCGAAAGCAGUAUCCACACUGCCAUCUAUUCCAUGCAAUUCGGUGGUAAGGUAUUCAUCAUAGGGGUUGGAAAGGACCAACAAAUGUUUCCCUUUAUGCAUCUCUCCGCGAACGAGAUUGAUGUCAGCUUCCAGUACCGAUAUGCUAAUCAGUACCCAAAGGCCAUUAGGCUAGUAGCUGGAGGUCUUAUUAAUGUCAAGCCUUUAGUCACCCAUCGUUUCAAGCUUGAAGAGGCCGUGGAGGCUUUCCAUGUCGCUGCUGAUCCCGCACAGGGAGCCAUCAAAGUUCAGAUUCUUGAUUAAAUACCCUCUGGGA